AUGCGUGGAUGGGCAUAUCGAGCACGCGGCAAACCAGAAUAUGUUCUCAAGCUCGAGAGUGACCUGCCGCAACCGACAGCUGAGUCUUUAGGGCCGCAUGAAGUCCUUGUCAAGGUAAAAUAUGCUGCGUUGUUCCAAGGCUCAGCGGCCAUGAUGACCUUCAUGCCACAUUUCAAUAACAAUCCCUGGAUCGCAGAGAAUAACUAUUCUGGUACAAUUGUUGCCACGGGCUCUGAAGUCGAACACGUUGCUGUCGACGAUGAUGUCUUCGGUGGCUUUGCCGCCGAUGUAUUGAGGAAAUACGGGGGCGUUUUGGCCGAAUAUGUCACCCUCCCGGACCACGUUGUCGUACGAAGGCCGAACAAUGUGACAUUGAAAGACAUAGCUGGCAUGGGUGCUGGAGGAGUCACCGCGAUGCAGUUUGCUGAGGCGGCAGGCUUGAAAAAGGAUGACCGUGUUUUGAUCACGGGAGCUUCAGGCGGAAUGGGGACCUUGGUAAUACAGGCAGCCAGGGCCGCUGUCGGAGACAAUGGUCUGGUGGUUGGGACAUGUUCGGCGGGUAAUGAGCAGCUGGUGAAGGAGCUUGGUGUUCACCAGAUUGUCGAUUACAAGAAACACAAGCAUCUCCAUAAAUAUCUCACAGAAAAUUACAGUCUCGAACCAUUCGAUGCGAUCAUAGACAUGGUUGGUGAAGACUACUCUAUCCUUAAGAACUCAUCUCCAUAUCUAAAGCCUGAUGGGAUUUUUAUCUUUGGAGGCAACAUGCCCCUCAUCCAUGGCGGUGGAACUGUUCUCGACAUGAUCGGAUGGUUCAUUAGAAUCAAGAUUGCCCAAACCAUGCCACUGUUCCUGGGUGGCAUGCCACGAAAGUGUGUGAUGCAUGCUGGACAGAUCUCAAGAGAUGCGCUGAUGCGGCUUGCGGCGUUCAUUGAGGAUGGAAAGAUGACACCGGUGGUGGACAGUCUUAUUGAGAUGGAUCAGGUCCUACAGGGAUACGCAAGGCUUGCGACAUCCCGAGCCCGAGGAAAACUCAUUGUUCACGUACAAGACUGA